AUUAAUCUACCAAACCAACUGUAAAACUAUGAGGAACCUCAUAGUUCCUAUGGAUGUCAAGAGUCAGAUCCCAAAUCAUAAGGAAGAAACCAAACACAAAGCUUCAUGUGUUUUAUGUAUCAAUAACAGAUUUUUAUAUUUAGAGUUCAGGGAUACACACAAUGAUUUUUAGUGAUUAAUACCGAAUGUAAACACAACUUUUGAUUGUUUACAAGACAACUCCACAGGACACCUUUUAAAGUGGUAUUCUUAAUUGAAUCUUCUCCUGACUUACCCUUUGGUGGACUUCCCCUUGUGAUUUUUUUUGUUUUUUUAGAUAAUAAUUUUAGGUAUGCGGAAGGUUGCGGGUAACACAGCCAACCUUGAUAAGUCUUAUCUUUAUUGAAAACUAACUGCAGAGACCAAGAGAGCUUUGACAGCAAACUUAAUCCUUUUCUGAUUCUGAUUCUGAUUUGUACAUACAAACCGAACGAUAUGUACUUCAAAAUUAUACUUAUUCUCUCAGGAGCAGUUUUCAUCCACGCACAAAGAAGUCAUGAGUUAUGUCAAAGCUUUGGGUGCUUUGACUCAAGUGAUACUCAACUCACUGUGACACACGAUGGUGAGGAAAUCUACUAUGCUGACUUUAAAAAAGGGCUUGUUGUUUGGAAUAGUAAAAUCCCUACAACAGUCCAUGUUCCCCAUGCUUACAAAAUUGCAUUGCAUUACCGAAUGGUGUGCAGAGGUGAAUUGGCGAGAUAUAAACCAGACAAGUCUGCUACAACAAAGACUAAAGAGCCACCAGAAAUCAUCAUAUACCCCAGAGAUGAAGUGAUAGAAGAUGAAGAGAAUACCCUCAUCUGCUUCAUCAAUCAUUUCUUCCCUCCCUCCAUCAACAUAAAGUGGACCAAGAAUGAUAUAGAGCUAACAGUGGAAGAUCCUUUCGACAAAUGCAUAAACAAUCCUGAUGGAACAUUUCAUGUUUUCUCCUACCUAAACUUUGUCCCUACGGAAGGAGACAUCUACGGCUGCACUGUGGAACAUGCGUCGCUGGAGAAGCCUCAGACCAAGUUUUGGGAGGCUGACAUAAAUCAAACUAAUAUUAGUCCAGCUGUCUUCUGUGGACUUGGCCUGUUCCUUGGACUUCUUGGAGUUGCUGCAGGAACAUUCUUUUUUGUGAAAGGAAAAUGUAUAUCUUAGAUGUUAAGACGUAUACCAUACACGCUGUGAUCACUUCGUCCCUGGUUGGUUUCCGGCCAGCGACAUUUGUUUCAUGUCAUCCCCACUUUCUCUCUUCUCUAUUUUCCUGACACCUCUCAUCUACUAUUGAGUAAAGGCAAAAUGCCCAAAUACCUUAACAAAGGAAACAUCUGUAAUUCACUGAAUGAUCUUUCUUUAUCACUGUGUUAUUUUCUAUUAUGUUUUUCAGUGUGUCAAAAUACAUAACAGCUUUGUUUUUUUAAUUUGUUAUCACUUUUUUUUUCUACCAUUAAUAACUCAUAAUAGAUGCAUCUGAUUAUCACUGUGUCAUUGAGCUAUUGUAAAUAUCUGUAUACGACAUGUAUUUGCCUUAAAUAAACACCAUAUAAUGAAGAAGG